AUGUCUGGGGGCAUGAGCCGCGCCGAGCGGUUCGAGGAUGAGAAGCGACGUAUCAUCGACAGCUGUUUCAGCAAGAGAGAGGAAGAUGGCUCCGGUAUGCUCCCUAUCUCUGCGUCUCCUUGUCGACUGCUUCCAGGAAACGUAUAUUACACACCUCAGAAUUCUCGAUCGAGGAACCCCCAGUCAGAGAAGCCCCGUGUCAUCAUCGUUGCCGUGAGGAAGUCAGGCAGGGUUCGGGUGCACAAGACAAAGGAGAAUACAAACGGUACCUUCUCGAUAGGCAAAACCUGGAAUCUCGACGAUCUGUCCGCCAUCGAGUCUUAUACCGGGCCCAAUGUCGCUCCUGACGCCCGCCAGUGGGCAGGAGACAAUGGCUUUGUCGUUACUCUCGGCAAGGCAUACUACUGGGAGGCCCAGACGGACAGAGAGAAGAAGUUCUUUAUCGCUAGCCUGAUCAAGAUUUACGGAAAAUAUACUGGUGGCCGCGUCCCAGUUCUCACCAACUUCGACCAGCGCGAGCUUGACCAGGUGCUUGGCGGAGCUGCGAGGCGGACGCCAUCUGCCCAGCAAACACCAAACUUGCCCUCACCCAUACCCAACCGACCUCCGGCCUCUCCGGCAAGACCUCCUGCACCCAACGCCGUACCCAGCUUCGAUGGCAAUGGCUAUGCCGUUCCAGAGUCCUCGCCAGCGAGUCUUGCCCCUAGCAUCGACUCAGCCCGGAACUUCCGAAGUCAGGAUCCUGCCUUGCGACAGCGGUUGGCGGUUAACAAUGGUAGUCAGGAUUCGGUAUCUAUAGCGAACAAGAGCGGAGAUGAGGGCUUUCGACCGAGGUCUCGAGGGAGGCCCAAUGGCACCUCACCAUACACCAAUGCGUCCGAGCCUGUUCCGCCAGCCCUGGCACCCGCUUUCGUUCCCACGCCCAGCCCGAGCACAGGGAAGCCUCCAGAGCGAAAGCGCCCUCCUAUGGAUCCUUUGAGACCUACAGGGCUACCACCAGACGACAACCUUGUUCCUGCUCCCUUGAGCAGCACAACCUCACGCCGGGAAGCCUCGCGGGGACCGUCGCGGGAACACUCGCCCGUCGCGCCGCCGCCGAGAAGUAUUGAGCGUAUGUCGCCGAGAAAGCCGUCGAUGCGUUCUCAGCUCUCCGAAGCCACACCCCCGAUAGACGAGAUUACUUCCAAGCCGGUCGAGCCACCACCCAGACUCGACACUGCCCCGCUCAAACCCGAUCCAAAUGGUGCCAAGGUUGACAGCCCAGCGGUCCCCAGCCCGACAGUGCCUCCCUCUGCCUCAACAACGUCUGAGACCCCGACUGAGUCGCCACUGUCGCCCGAGGAGGAACAUCGCCCUGGCCUAGGUCCAAUGAUCAGAGCGAGGAAGCCGAAGAAUGAGCUGGCAGGGGCAUUAUGGAAAGCCGCGACAGCUGCCAGUGUAUUCAAGCCGCGCGCUGGGGGAGCGGGUGAAAAGUUGCUCAAGGCUGCUAAGACGCAGAGCAAUGGACCUGACGGCAUCACCGCAGUCGUGCCUGCGCCUCCUCGGCCCGAACCCGAGAAGAAACCAGAAUCGAGGCCAAUGACGCCUGAAGUGCCCGAGGUAAAAGUUUCCAGGCCAGACACAAGUCUCUCGUCGAGUGUACAGGACCUCAAGACCGAACCACAGCCUGAGCCGAAGAAGACACCAGAGCAGGAGCUACAGGACGAACGCAAACGAUCCAUCGUGGUCGGCAACGACAUGAGAUACCUUACCACCUUAGGCGUUGACCCGUCGAUCCUGGACAAGAAGACUGCACAGUUCACGGAGUGGUUGGAUUUUUUCUCUUGGGUUCCUGGUGAUAAAAUGCGGUCCCUCAAUUUUGAUGACAUGAAGAUCGAUCUCGACCGCGAGCUCAACAAGGCACAGGCAGGCGGAUGGCUCGCUCGGUUCCAAGAGGAAGACGAGCGAGUAGACGGCAUCAAAAAGGGUAUUGAUACCGCAAUCGAGGAAUGCGAAGAGCUGGAUAAUCUCUUGACACUGUAUGGUGUCGAGCUUUCCACGCUUCAAGACGAUAUUGCUUAUAUCGAGGCCCAAGGUCAAGGUCUUCAGGUCCAGGCCGCCAACCAGAAGCUGCUCAAGAAAGAACUUGAGUCUUUACUGGAGACGUGUGCUAUCACUGCCAACGACCUGCAGGCUCUGUCAACGGCGCCUCUGGACACUGCGGACGGUGUCGAAGACGUUGAGACCGCUCUUGUUACACUGUAUAAGGCUAUGCAUAAGAUCGACCCAAGCAUGGGUGGCAGCGAUGCGAUCAAGACAGGCGACGCAAGCAGUGACCAAGCGAUCGACUUCAACGGCGACUAUGCGAAGAUGCGAAUCGUUCAGGAAAAGAAGCAGAUGUACCUGCAGGAAAGCGCAAUAUUCAUGCAGAGACUCGUCGAGUUCAUGGCAAGGGAGUUCGCAUUGGCUUAUGAGGAGGUGAGACGAGCACUCAAGGGCGCAUUGCACAAAAAGAUCGACUCGCACAAUCACGAUGCUGGCCGGGACCUGCUAUGGAAGUACGAGGCGCUGAUGCUGUACGCCCGGGACGUUGACCUGGAUAACUGGAACCGAUUGAUCCAGGAGUAUCAGGAUGCCAGUCACCCGACCUAUAAGAUGGAGUUCCGGGAUGCACUGGAUUCGUGGAAGAGGAAUGCACGGAAGGCCACGGGAGAAGAGGCCCUCCUCUUUACUACGGAGUCAGAGAAGAAGGAAGAAGGUAUCGCCACGGCUGCCAGGAAACUCACCGUCAAGCGAAGCCAGACACUUGCCAGGAUCCGGUCCCCGCUGGGCGAAAGCAAAGGUGAUGCCAGCAAGAGCACGAUCGACUUGUCACGAAGCUCGCCCUACGAGGUCUUCGCGGGCGUGCUCGAAGACCUGCUGCCACUGGUCGAGAUGGAGCAGAAUUUCAUCGUCGACUUCUUUCACGCCACGACGCUGGAGCAGAUCGACUUUCCCGAUGCUGUUAUGGCCGUCAGUCCUCGGGAUCGUAGGGGCAAUGACCUUAGGAGGCAUAGACUCAUGGAGCCCGAUCGAGAUCUGGCGCGCAGAGUUACGCGGUCGAUGGAGGUGAUCUUCCCAUUCUUGGAGAAAGAUCUAGGUAAUCUAGUUGAUUGGGUAUUGGUGCAAAGCCCACUGCAAGGUGUUGGCGUCAUGGCCAGCAUUGAGCGAAAGCUCGCAGACAUUGCGCAGUCCAAUCAGGAGUUUCUGAACACGGUUCUGCAGAAGGUCCACGGAAACCUCACCGGCAAGUUUAAGCGAUUUGUCGAAGACCAAAUCCGUGCUAUCGAAGAGACCAAGGUCAAGAUCAGCAAGCGCAAAGGCGUCAUCGCCUUCAUGCGUGUUUUCCCGCCCUUCAGCAUGGCUGUAGAGAACAUGCUUGUCGGUAUCGAUCCCAACCUAAACGUCCGUCGCACCAUCGACCGCGAAUACGACCGCAUUCUCAAGUCCAUGUUCGACUCACUGAAGGUGAUCGCACGAGAGAAUCCAGCCAUAGGCAACACAGCCAGCGGGGCUGGGGCAGAUCCCGAGGAUAAGGAGGCCUUGAACUACCACAUCUUGCUGAUCGAGAAUAUGCACCAUUACAUUGAAGAAGUCGACACCCAUGGCCUCGAGACCCUGGAGAGAUGGAAGCUGGCGGCCCAGGCCGAGCAGGAUGAGCACAUCUCGCGCUACCUGGACGCGGUAAUGCGCCGGCCGCUCGGCAAGCUGCUGGACCAGAUUGAGAACAUUGAAGACCAGCUCAAGAACGGCAGGCCACCAGCUAUGAUCGCUAUGCAGGCGUCCAACAACAAAGCGACGUUCGACAAGGUGCUGCUACACUAUGACGCACGCGAGGUGCGCAAAGGCAUCGAGGCCCUGCGCAAGCGCGUUGAGAAGCACUUUGACGAGAGCCCUCGUCUGGCGGGCAUAAUUACGAUGACGUGCGAGGGAUACUAUGGGGAGGUGGACCAGAGAAUCGGGAAGAUCGUCACCGAGGUGUACGGCGGCGAGACCCUGGUGGAGUGGCCGCGCAUGGAGGUCAAGAAUGCUUUCAGAAAAGGCGAGACGAGUUUUUGAUGGGUUCAACCUUGCAUUUGUUUACACGACGACCCCCAACCCCCCAACUAGCGAGAUACCAUACCGUUACUAUAUCUUAUCUGCAUCAGGGAAUUGGAUCAUGUCCCCUACUG